AUGUAUGAAGCCUAUUUUGGGAUCUUUUAUGUUCUCAUUGCUACACAAGAGAUGGUUGAGCUUUUGGAGUUCACUGCUGAGAAUGGCUGCUCUAACUCAUGGGGUAUUUCCUUGUUCAACAAUCUGGUUGCGUUUGGGAUCUCAUUUCUAAUUUCUAUUUUGUUCGGGGAGCAUUAUGAUUUGUACGCUGCCUUGAAAUUACGAGCGGAUGGGGUGACGAUGGAAGGUGUUGUUACGUUAAUGGUUGUGGCUCUCUCUUGUGUGUUAGGCUUCCUGAUUACUUUCUUCAAUUCCGAGACUAGGAAAGCCGUAUCCGAUGAUGCCCUUGCGGUGGCUGGUGCCAUGUCUAGGUUUUUGGCUGUGGGAAUUAAUGCGCUGAUCUGGAAGUGGCAUGCUGGUCCGGUCGGUUUGACCUUCUCGUUCGUAAUUAUUGCUGCUGCUCUUCUCUACCAGAAAUAA